AUGGAAUUUCAUUAUAAUCGAGGAGAACGGAAAACUUGGCUGAUCGGCGAUGCUGGAUACCCUUUGGAACCGUGGCUCAUGACACCAUUGGUCGAUUUUCCUGAAAAUACCCGACAAUUUCAUUAUACGCAACAGCUCUGUAAGGCAAGAAACGUUGUUGAACGUUUUUUUGGUGUCUUCAAAUCUGUAUGGAGAUGUCUUUCCUAUCAGCGUGUACUGAUGUAUAGGCCAGCAUUUGCUGCAAAAAUAGUUAAUGCAUGUGCAGUACUGCAUAAUAUAAGAAUUCAACACCGUUUGCCUGUUGAAGAAUUGGAAGCACCAAUAACUGCUGAUAAUGGUGAAUAUGAAAAUGCUGGGCUCAUUGAUAACGAAGAUCUACAUCAAAGAGGACCGCGCGCUUUAGCUCAAAGAAUACAACGCCAAAUUAUGAGAAAAAGAUUUCCUAAUUAUCGAGAUGCACAAGAUGAAGAGCGUGCUGAAAAUGAUUAA